GCUCAUUCUCGCCUGUAAGAAGGGUGUGCGACUGAGGACGACGGGGGCUAGAUAUCGUGAGACUGCCCUCAGAUGUUCAUGUUCUUAUAGUAUUACACCACUGUCUCUACCGCCGACAUGCCUUCCAUUGCCCCCUCUCAACUCAUCGCUCUCCAGUCCAAUGCUCAGAACAUCAGAAACAUCUGCAUCCUCGCGCACGUCGACCACGGCAAGACCUCCUUGACCGACUCCCUCAUCGCUACCAAUGGCAUCAUCUCGCCCAAGAUGGCCGGUAAAGUCCGCUACCUGGACUCCCGGCCCGACGAGCAAACACGAGGCAUCACGAUGGAAAGCAGCGCGAUCAGCUUAUACUUCAGCAUGAUGCGGCGGUCGCAAGAAUCCCAGGAGGCAAGGAAGGAAGAAUACCUGAUAAAUCUGAUAGACAGUCCCGGACACAUUGACUUCUCGUCAGAAGUGUCCACGGCGUCGAGACUGUGUGACGCCGCGGUCGUGUUGGUAGAUGCUGUGGAAGGUGUGUGCUCGCAGACGGUCACGGUGCUACGGCAGGUAUGGCUCGAGAAACUCAAGCCGCUUCUUGUCAUAAAUAAGAUCGACAGGCUGGUCACCGAGUUGAAGAUGAGUCCUGGCGAAGCGUACUCACAUCUCGAACGGGUACUGGAGGGCGUGAAUGCUGUUAUUGGUGGGUUCUUCGCCGGUGAGAGGAUGGAAGAGGAUCUCCUGUGGCGCGAGAAGAUGGACCAGAAACGCGCCGCGAAGGAGCAGCAGAAACAGGAGGCUUUGAGCGAAAAUGCCUCGGAAGCAGAUCUGGAUCAGCAAUUCGAAGAGCGUGAUGACGAGGAUUUGUAUUUUGCGCCGGAGAAGAACAACGUCAUUUUUGCGAGCGCGAUCGACGGCUGGGCGUUCACCGUGAGGCAGUUUGCUGGGAUCUAUGAGAAGAAGUUGGGCAUCAAAAGGAGCGUUCUCGAGCGGGUGCUGUGGGGAGAUUUCUACCUCGAUCCGAAGACGAAGAAGGUGCUCGGCCAGAAACAUCUCAAGGGCAGGAACUUAAAGCCGGUUUUUGUUCAGCUUGUGCUCGAGCCAAUAUGGCAGGUCUACGAUGCUACGCUUGGGAUCAAUAGUGGCCGUGGGGAUCCAGCUCUACUCGAGAAGAUCACCAAGUCUUUGUCGAUAAGUUUGCCGGCUCAUAUUACCAGGUCGAGAGAUGCGAAGGUGAUAUUACAGGCUGUCUUCUCGUCGUGGCUUCCUUUGUCGACGGCCCUGCUUGUCUCUGUGAUUGAGUACCUGCCCAGUCCACCCAGUGCUCAGGCAAUCAGAUUGCCGGGUAUGAUUGACGACUUGGUUGGUGCAAAGUACAUUGAUAAGAACAUCAAGGAGUCAAUGAUCAAUUUCAACACAACAAAAGCGGCGCCUGUUGUUGCGUAUGUUAGCAAGAUGGUCGCGAUACCGGAGAGCGAAUUGCCCACGAAACGAAGAAAGCUGGGGACGACGUUGACGGCAGAUGAAGCCAGAGAUCUUGCUAGGAGAAAGCGCGCAGAAAUAGCCAAGGCGCAAGCCGAGGCCGAGGGCACAACGGGUGUGGACGGCAUCGCGAAUGGCCUGAGCAAUACCCGGAUAGGGGAAGAAGUCGACGAGGAUGUUACACCUGAACAACCAGAAGAUCCGGAACAUUUGAUCGGUUUUGCACGGCUAUUCUCAGGCAGUUUGUCGGUCGGCGACGAAAUCUACGUGCUCCCACCGAAAUUCAAUCCCGCAUUCCCACAUGCCUCGCCUGAGCCGAAAAAGGUCCCCAUAACAGCACUGUACCUCCUCAUGGGCCGCUCGCUCGAGCCACUCGAGACCGUACCUGCUGGCGUUGUUUUCGGCAUCGAGGGUCUAGAAGGACAUAUCCUCAAAACCGGCACGUUGUGCUCCCAGGUGGAAGGGAGUAUAAACCUAGCGGGGAUCUCUAGUCUCAGUCAGCCUAUCGUCCGGGUUGCCCUCGAGCCGACAAACCCCAUGGAUCUGAAUAAGAUGAUAAGGGGGUUGAAAUUGCUCGAACAGAGCGACCCGUGCGCCAUAUACGAGCAGAUGGAGAGUGGUGAGCAUGUGAUUCUCACAGCGGGAGAACUACAUCUAGAGCGGUGUCUGAAGGAUCUCAAGGAGCGGUUUGCGAGAUGUGAUAUACAGCCCGGCGAGCCGAUCGUGCCAUACCGCGAGACGAUCGUCAGAGCCGAGGAGAUGGAACCACCCAAGAACAAGGAUCUCCCAAGGGGGACGAGCGUGGCUAUGGCGGCGUCGAAGGCGGUGAGUGUCAGACUAAGAGUGCGGCCGUUGCCGCAGAAAGUUACGGAGUUCUUGAUCAAGAGCGGGCCCUCGAUUCGAAGACUGUAUGCUGAGAGGCAAGCGCAGGAAGAUGGAGGAAAAGAUGGCGCUGAGGAUGGAGACGAGAAGGACGAAGUGGCUGAUCUGGGUAAUGAGACAGGAAAUGAAUGGAGCAAUCUGUCAUUGCAGGAGUUUCGGAAACAGCUGCAACUCGCCUUCGACGAGGUCAAAGAGGAGAAAGAGGUCUGGCAGAGAGUUAUACCUCGAAUUUGCGCAUUUGGGCCACGGAGGGUAGGCCCGAAUUUGCUCAUCGACGCGACAGGGAGGCACACGUGUAAAAGAUUUCUGCUGGAGGGUCAAGAGCUCGCUGAGCUCGGUGAGAUCGGUGCUCAGAAUGGCCAUGAUGAUGGGGACGACAGUGCAGCCACGAGACCGGCGCAGGACUUUUCGGACACGAUAGCAUACGCGUUCCAACUCGCCACAAGUCAAGGCCCGUUAUGUCGCGAACCGACGCAAGGUGUCGCCGUGUUCCUGGAGGAUGUCGCCCAACAACCAGCCGAGAACGGGGACUCGAGUGUUGAGUCAGGCCGUCUGACCGGUGAACUGAUCACGAGCGUCCGGGAGUCCAUCCGGUCUGGCUUUUUGGACUGGUCAUCACGGAUAUUGUUGGCCAUGUACAGUUGCACGAUCCAAGCAACCCCCGAAGUUCUGGGGAAAGUGUACAGCGUGUUGACGCGGCGCAGAGGAUCGAUCCUGAGCGAGGCAUUGCUCGAGGGCACGCCAUACUUUACAAUCGAAGCGACGCUGCCAGUCGCCGAAAGUUUCGGCUUCAGCGAGGAGAUCAGGAAACGCACGUCCGGGCUGGCACAGCCAAUGUUGAAGUUCGUCGGGUUCGAGAUGAUUGAUGAUGUCGAUCCCUUCUGGGUGCCUCGGACCGAAGAGGAGCUCGAGGAUUUGGGCGUGCAUGGGGAACGCGAGAACGUUGCGAAACGGUAUGUUGAUUCUGUGAGGCGGAGGAAGGGGCUGCUUGUCAAGGGCCCACGGGGUGGGAGGGAAGCAGAGAAGCAGAAGACGCUGAAGACAAACUAGAAGUGUCCUCGGACGGGUUUAGUCCAUAGAUCUAUAAGAAAAG